CUCAAAGCCAACUUCAGUUUUCUGUCACAUGGGAGAUUUUGGAUGUGGGAAUGGUGGAUGGACGCCGAUUAUGAAGAUCAACGGUUCAAAGGUAAUGGCUUCUGCUUCAAUUUAUGCAUGUUAAUGAAUUCUCAACAUCUCUCUCCAAACCCGUUUAAGACUUUGGAGCGUUGGAACACUUAGCCUCCACGAUGCCGCAUUGUAAGUCAGUCAUGUGCGUAUGAAAGCUUACAUGUAUUUUAUGAGUGAUUUGAGGCUAACCUUAUGAUUUUGGAGGACUACUCGAAAUUUGGUUGAUUUUGAGGAGGCCGAUGAUAUGCGGUGCGCGCUUAAAGUGAGAGGAUUUGUAUAAGAAAUCAUAACGCCUGAGGUAUUUGAAUUCGAUUGCUUUGCUGAUAGUUUUCCCGCUGAGUUGUAGCAGUGAUAGGACGGGAGAUGUGUGAGUGGGUGUGUUUCUGAGAGCAAUUGUACUUUCAGUUUUCUUUCGCGGUAUAUAUUAAGACCGUAGAGCAAUACGUCUUUGGUGAUUGUAAACCCUUUUACAUAAUCUUCUUUUGUCGCGAAUAGUAUGACCAUGUCAUCCGUGUAAACAAUUUUUUUUUUAUCUGUUAUACUCACUUGCCGCAAAUUCCCGUAUCUACUCUCUAUGUGUGCUGCCUAUAUGUGAUUGGAAUUGGAACACCACAACCAUUACUUACGAUUUCUGAAGUUUGUGACGUGGUCCAGAACGCGGCACACAGUAUCAAAAACAAUAACAAUCAUAGGAUGAUUGAUAGUCUCAGGAUUUCACCCAUUCUCUUCGAAUUAUUUUCUGUUCUACAGAACAAGGCAAUAUAUCUUUUCAUAUGAUUUAAAAUGUCAUUGCUUAGUUGUAAAUAGCUGUGGUUUUCUUUGAAGUGCAUGUGAUUCAAUUUACCAUUCUUUUAGUAAGGGGAAUGUCUUUGGAGGUCUUCGAGCUUUCAUAGAUAAUAAUGUCUAUUUAUCGGCGUCGUAUCAGUAAAUAUUUUUAUUUUAUUCCUUACCAGCAAAAUUUCAAUUACCAUUCUGAACUUUGGAAUAACACGGACAGCUUUAAUCUUCCGGGAGGAGAGACUGGAUUUGAUUCACAAGAAACCAAAUUACCGACCUACUGGGACACACCCUUCUCCAAGAUCUGUCUUGGGAUGAGGAUCGGAAAUGUGACAAAUUUUAUUGUCAUAGAGAAACAGGCGAAUUCUCUAUUCUCGCUAAUUGCUGACGGGCAGCAUCGUCAAACCACUCUAGGUCGUGACCUGUGGAAGUCUCUGAUUGGUUCAGAGGGCUCCUUGCAGUUGACCUGCAACAAGGAGGGUUUCAACACUGCAUGUGGCAAGCAUCGCGCAAGAAUCGGCAUCCUUAGUAACAAUGAAAAACAUUGCAGGUCCUGUAAUUCCAAAAUUGGUUUCGGAAUGAGUAAAGAGAAUAUUUGUGGAAACAAAGCAAAACAUGAAGGAGACAACGGAGAUAAGAACAUAAAAGUCAUGGGAUAUAUCCUUGUUAGGUAA